AAUCGAUGCUAUUGAGUAUCCUUUAGGAGCAAGUAGAGUAUAGACACCGCAGCUCCGUUUAGCUUAAGGUUCAGCUCAGCCUCAUCCUCUUCCUAGUACGCCCAGCCAAGGCCCAAACACCUGGCGAAAGGAAGAAAAAUCGUUGAAUGAAACCGAAUUUAGAUGUAAGAUGCCAGUAAGGGUCGACUUCAUACCACCACCGCCUGCCAACUCGAAACAGCCGGGGGUGAACCGCUCCUUGCUGUACAACGGCUCUAGAUUCCAAGGGCACCAGAAAUCAAAGGGAAACAGCUACGAGGUUGAAGUCGUCCUCCAGUAUGUUGACGAGGAGAACGCCUAUUUGUGCGGGUAUUUGAAAAUAAAAGGGCUGACGGAAGAGUUCCCUACGCUCACCACUUUCUUCGAUGGGGAAAUCAUAAGCAAGAAGUACCCAUUCUUGACGAGGAAAUGGGAAGCGGAUGAAGACGUCGACAAGAAGCAUUGGAGUAAAUUCUCAUCGUUUUGCCAAUAUGCUAAAACCUUCAAUUCCGACUGCUUCGAUUACGAUGAGAUUAAAUCCACCGAUUUUGUUUUUAUGAGGUGGAAAGAACAUUUCCUAGUUCCAGACCAUACAAUUAGAGAUAUAAACGGUGCCUCUUUUGCUGGCUUCUACUAUAUUUGUUUCCAGAAAAGUUCAGCAACCAUCGAAGGUUACUAUUACCACAGAAGUUCCGAAAUGUACCAAUCUUUGACGCUAACUCACGUGCCAGAGCACAGUACACAAAUCUACGAAUUUAGAUGAAUUGAUCGGAAAUUGAUACGGAACACACCAUGCACCAGCAGAUAUAGUUAUUUCUUUGAAACUUCCCCAAUUCUAGAUAUUUCACCAAUUUUGUUCAUAAAAAAUAUAUCCAGAAUAUUAUAAAAAAAAAGAAAAAAAAAAGUUUCUACUGUGUUAAAUUUGACAGUGGGAUGGCUCUAAGGUCUAAUUACUACUACUGCCCCCAUUUUUUCCCCUAAAGUUUAAAUUUCUCGUUAUAUAGAGUGGUGGAAGUAGCAAGUAAGGAAAUCAUGUGCUGGUGCAUGCACUGAAUGAGAAAUGGAGAAGACAUAAGACUGAAAUAGGAUUCCGAAGAAGACGAAAGAAACUUCUGGUCCAUUACCCAACCCCCUAUACUUGGGACAAUCGGGUUACCGUUCAGGUCGAGCUCAGUAGAAGAUUAAAUUAUGUGGUUAUAUAUGUAGGGAGAAGAAAAAAAAAUUCUAAGGGUGCAAAAUUGGUAUACAAACAAUCCUGGUAGGGACCUUCUUCCCCGGGAGAAUGAUAAGCGGGGAGAAGGUCAUUGUGUGAAUGGAGACGAGCGACUCAACAAUGGUGAGCCAAAUCCUUUAUUUUUCUGUAAAUUCCUGGAUCCUUGAAUAGUAUUUCUUUAAAAUUGAUCUAAAGUUGUGUUGUUGUU